ACUUGGUUUCAUUUACGCGGAGUUUUCCCAGCGGGAUGGAGCCGCUUCAGCCAGCGCGCGCAGCCCACGGAGAGCUCACACGCUUCCACACGGCACACAUGGCUGGACAUCUGUGGCAAACAUUUUUAUCUUCCGUCUGGAUAAUAACGUUUGUUUCAUGUGCGAGGAUGAGGAUUUAUCCCUCAAAUGAAGUGACCCUGCUGGAUACCAGGACAGUGCCAGGAGAACUGAAAUGGGCAGCCAAUCCUGCAGAGGGAGGGUGGGAAGAAGUAAGUAUUAUGGACGAAAAGAACAUCCCGAUCAGGACGUACCAGGUGUGUAAUGUGCUGGAGCCCAGUCAGAACAACUGGCUGCGGACGGACUGGAUUCCUCGCUCCGGUGCUCAGCGGGUUUACGUCGAGGUCAAGUUUACUUUGAGAGACUGCAACAGCCUGCCAGGAGUCACCGGCACCUGCAAGGAGACAUUCAAUCUCUACUACCACGAGUCAAAUGAUGACAAAGAAAGCUACAUCAAAGAGAGCAGCUUCAUUAAGGUGGACACAGUGGCAGCAGACGAGAGUUUCACCCAGGUUGAUGUUGGAGACCGCAUCAUGAAGCUAAACACAGAAGUUCGAGAUGUGAAGGUCACAACGAGGAAAGGCUUCUACCUGGCCUUUCAGGAUGUUGGCGCCUGCAUUGCUUUGGUUUCUGUCAGGGUUUUCUACAAGACCUGCCCACUCACUGUCAGAAACCUGGCGACCUUUCCUGACACUGUCACUGGUGCUGACACAUCUUCUUUAGUGGAGGUCAGGGGGUCAUGUGUCAACCAAUCAGAAGAGAGAGAGGAGCCAAAAAUGUACUGUGGAGCAGAUGGAGAGUGGUUGGUUCCUAUUGGUGGAUGUCUCUGCAAACCAGGAUAUGAAGAGGAGGGUGGUGCAUGUAAAGCUUGUUCUGCUGGUUUCUACAAGUCCAAGGCUUCAGAUCCUGGCUGCUUCAAGUGCCCUCCACACAGCCGCUCACUCCGGGACGGGGCUAAUGUAUGUGACUGUCACACCGGAUUUUUCCGUGCGGAUGCUGACCCUCCUUCCAUGGCAUGCACCCAGCCUCCUUCAGCACCACAGCAGCUCAUCUCAGUGGUGAAUGAAACAUCGGUGGUCUUGGAGUGGGCCCCUCCUCGGCGACUGGGAGGAAGAAGUGACAUCAGUUAUAGUCUGGAGUGUCUCAUCUGUCAAACCAGCAGCCAUGGUCAACCUCCAAGGAAUCGGACAGUUUCCCAGCCUGAGGUCCAGCGCAGCAGCAUGGGGAUGCAGUCAGACCAGGGGAUUGUGGGACCUGAGGUCCAGGUCGGCAGAGGGGUUUUCCAAAGCAGACCCAUUGAAUACCCCUGGCCCGGCUCAGACUCUGCCUCUAGCAACCAGCUUUGUCUCCCCUGCGGCUCGGAUGUGCACUUCUCUCCGGACCAAAUUGGUCUUCAGACCACCAGGGUGGUGGUGAGCAAGCUUCGGGCCCACACACACUACUCCUUUAUUGUCCAUGCCCGCAACGGGGUCUCCCAGGUCAGCGGUGCAGGGGCAUCACAAAGUGCAUCGGUCAGCCUCACCACUAACCAAGCAGCUCCCUCUCCAGUUUCAUCCAUCCAGCUCACCGACGUAACAAGGCACAGUUUGUCGUUGGCAUGGCAACAGCCUGAUCGACCAAACGGGGUCAUCCUGGAGUACGAGGUCAAGUUCUACGAAAAGGAUCAGAGGGAGAGGUCAUACCGCAUAAUGAGGACCUUUCUACGUAGCGUUGAUGUGGCGGGCCUCAACCCACUCACUGUGUAUGUGUUUCAUGUGCGUGCUCGCACAGCUGCAGGAUACGGAGAGUAUAGUGCUCCAUUUGAAUUCUCCACCAAUUCAGAUCCAUUUCCGUUGAUUGGAGAAGGUGUGAACUCAGCCUUCCUACUGCUGUCGGUCAGCGGGGUGGGAAUCUUAUUGCUCAUAUCUGCUGCUGUCUUCAUCAUUAGUCGAAGGAGGAGUAAGUACAGUAAAACUAAACAGGAUGCAGAAGAAGAGAAACAUCUGAACCCAGGAGUCAAAAUAUAUGUGGACCCGUUUACCUACGAGGACCCGGAUCAGGCCAUCCAUGAGUUUGCCAAAGAGAUAGAUGUUACAAAUAUUCAUAUCGAGAGGGUUAUUGGCAUAGGAGAGUUUGGGGAGGUGUGCAGCGGUAGGCUACGUGCGCAGGGCAAGAGGGAGAUCUAUGUAGCCAUCAAGAGCUUGAAGGCAGGAUACUCGGACAAACAGAGAAGGGACUUCCUGUCCGAAGCGUCCAUCAUGGGACAGUUUGAUCACCCAAACAUCAUCAGACUGGAAGGUGUCGUCACAAGGUGCAAACCACUGAUGAUUAUAACAGAAUAUAUGGAAAAUGGAUCCCUGGAUGCUUUUCUUCGAAAACACGACGGCCAGUUCACAGUGAUCCAGCUGGUCGGCAUGCUGCGUGGCAUCGCCUCGGGUAUGAAGUACCUGUCAGACAUGAGCUACGUUCACAGAGACUUGGCAGCUCGGAACAUACUGGUCAACAGCAACUUGGUGUGUAAAGUGUCUGACUUUGGCCUGAGCCGAGUUCUGGAGGACGACCCAGAGGCUGCCUACACUACAAGGGAGGCAACCGGGUCCUAUCUGUCCCCUGGAGGGAAGAUCCCCAUCAGAUGGACGGCUCCAGAGGCUAUCAGCUACAGGAAGUUCACCACAGCCAGUGACGUGUGGAGUUAUGGCAUAGUCAUGUGGGAGGUGGUUUCAUACGGAGAGAGGCCUUACUGGGACAUGAACAACCAGGAUGUGAUUAAAGCAAUAGAGGAAGGCUAUAGACUGCCUGCACCAAUGGACUGCCCUGUGGUGCUGCACCAACUCAUGCUGGACUGUUGGGAGAGAGAGAGAGCAGACAGACCCUCCUUCAGCCAGAUUCUCAACAUGUUGGAUAAACUUAUACGGAACCCUGGCACCCUGCGCCGCACAGGAGGGGAGAGACCUCAGGGUACCAUACUGGAGUCCAGAGUGGGAUCAGAAGUAUGUGUGUCUGUUGUACCAGAGGUGUGUGUGCCACAAUGGUCCCUGUAUAAUUGGCUGCAGUCCAUAGGAUUGGAGAGAUACAGAGAUGUCCUUGCAGCUGCAGGGUACUCCAGCCUUGACAGCCUUCUGGCUCUUACACACCAGGAGAUGGACAGACUUGGAAUAAUCACACCAUCACAUCAGGACAUACUAAUUGCAAGUGUGCAGCAGGAAAUGUUGUCCCAAAUGCAACACAUGCAACACUCUAUGGUGCCAGUCUGAGCUGGUGAGCAGCAACAAAGCUGUUUUUAAGAAGAAUUUCAUUUACCUCAUUUGUGCACUUUAGAGGAACUGUUCACCAGUGGAAGUAUAAGAAGUGAAGGCAAAUAAGAAGAAACCUACAAUGAGGAGCACUUUUAUAAACUUCCAUCCUGUGGAGCUUUCUACAAACCUUGAUCUGGAUGUUGCCACAGCUAGCGCUGAGCUCAGACUGAUGCCUCAUCCUCUUUUUCUAGCUCUGAUUUCUCCUCCUUUUUCUUAUCUGUUUGCUGAAGACUGACAUGUGCAUAAGCAGAAUGGCUUCCAAGUUAUUUUUUUGCGCUUCACUUGAAUUAAAUGUAUUUCUUUUCAUUUGUUCAGAGGAAUGUGUGUGUCUGUGUAAAGAUGUGUGUGUGUGCAAUGCGUAGCAUGAAAUCAUUCAACAUGAACUCUCCCCAUUCAGAUGUCGGCUGUUUUCGUGUAAUGAUAAUAUGCAAAGUUUAAGAGAUAGUGGGAGGACUCAGACAGAAUGUAUCACUCCAGGCUCUUACUGAUUUCAUACCAGUGAAGUGUUCUAACAAACAGGCUGACAUGAUUGUUUUUUGUCAUUUUGUUUUAUUUCGGAUUUCAUGAAAUAGUGCUUUUGUUGACUUAGACAUUUAGAUUGGAAUGUCAUUCAUCCAUGUCUAUAUAUACGUAUGCCUCUUUGAUGCUGAGGAUUAGCUACUUGAAGCGUUUUGUUUAUUUAUGGUCCUUUUUUAUCAAGUUUGUACAUUGUAAAAUAGAAACGCUGAGGAGAUAUGGUAAUGAGUGCCACAUCGCAUUACAAUAAAUGCCAAACUCAUUGGUGGUUGUCAUUUUUUUAUGGUCUUUGAACAGAAAAGCAGGCUUAACAUAAAAUAAAUGGU